UUACUGUUUGCAAUUAUUGAUCUGGCAACUCCCUGUUCAAUACGAAAAGAAGUGAAGUGAUUUGACGACGUCCAUUGGUGUCUAGUCGCGAAAAAUUUUGCAUGAAAUAGUCGAAGCGGGGAUAAAAUUCCAGGAUGUCGUCGCUUGUGAUUCCAGAUAAAUUCCAACACAUUUUGCGUGUUAUGAACACGAAUAUUGAUGGAAGACGUAAAGUUAUGUUUGCAUUAACCGCAAUCAAGGGCGUUGGUCGUAGAUUUGCUAACAUAGUAUGCAAGAAAGCAGACGUUGAUCUAAACAAGAGAGCUGGUGAACUUAGUGAAGAGGAGGUUGAAAAACUUAUUACCAUUAUGUCCAAUCCCCGCCAAUAUAAAAUUCCUGAUUGGUUUUUGAAUAGACAAAAGGAUAUUAAAGAUGGAAAAUACAGUCAAGUAACAUCUAACGGUUUAGAAAACAAACUUCGUGAAGAUCUUGAACGUCUGAAGAAAAUCCGUGCUCACAGAGGUCUGAGACAUUACUGGGGCCUCCGAGUGCGUGGUCAACAUACCAAAACUACCGGCAGGAGAGGAAGAACUGUUGGUGUAUCCAAAAAGAAGGGUUAAUUGUAUAUGUAUAUUUAUUUACAUCAUUGAAUAAAAUUUUUCACUGGUGUAA